AUGAGUUCCUAUUUCGUCAACUCAACUUUCCCCGUCUCUCUACCCGGGGGACAGGAGUCUUUCUUGGGUCAGAUACCGCUAUAUUCCACUGGAUAUACAGACCCUUUAAGACACUAUCCAAGCGCUACGUUCGGAGCGACCAAUGUCCAGGACAAGGUUUAUACCUCCUCGUACUACCAGCAAGCUGGAGGCGUUUUUGGGAGAAGCGGAUCCACCAGUGCUUGUGACUAUACAGCAUCCAAUAUUUACCGAACCGCUGACCGUUCCUGCGCUCUCGGAGGUCUGGAAGACUCGCUGGUUCUCACCCAGGACCAGUGCAAGACGGACUGCACUGAACAGGGCACAGAGAGAUAUUUUAACAGUGAAGACAAACCGUGCACCACAGUUUACCCAUGGAUGCAGAGGAUGAACUCGUGUAACGGAAUGCCUGGCAGCACUGGCCGCAGGGGUCGUCAAACCUACACUCGGUUUCAGACUCUUGAACUGGAAAAGGAAUUCCAUUUUAACAGAUAUUUGACCAGGAGGCGAAGAAUUGAGAUAUCACACGCACUGUGUUUGACGGAGCGACAGAUCAAGAUUUGGUUCCAAAACCGUAGAAUGAAAUGGAAAAAGGAGAAUAAAGUUAUGAACUCUAAGGUCAGCGAGGAGGAGGAGGAUGGUGGAAAGGCGGGAUAGCCCAAAUUAUAAAAAACAUUCUCCUAUAAGCACUGUACAUAACAUGUAGCCUGUAGUUUUAAUUAAUAUUUUCUUGUGGUCUGCCUAUGGAAAAAACAUACCUAUUGUAUUUUAUGUUG